AUGCCGUAUAGCCACAUUCUACCAUAUUUAUUGAGGGAAUCACUUGUACAACUAAGGGAGUUAGGACCCCCACCAGCGGUUCUUCCUCCCGGUUAUGAUGCAAAUGCCCGUUGUGAAUUUUAUUAUGGCGCUCCUGGGCAUUCUAUCGAUAAUUGUAAAGCAUUAAAGUACAAGGUUCAAGAUCUUAUUGAUUCUAAGGCAAUCAUGUUCACCCCCAAGGGGCCAAAUGUAAAUAACAACCCGAUGCCCCCUCACAACAAUGCAGCCGUGAAUAUGAUGGAAGCUGACAAUGGGAGGAGAUUGAUGUCCUGUGUGGACGAGUUAAAAACCCCACUCAUCGAGAUCAAGAAUGCUUUAAUGAGGGAUAAUGCCUUUCCCAUUUACUGCCCGUCCAUAAAAGAAGAUGUGUCUACCCUCGAGAUACCAUACGACGAAGCCCCUCCUCUGCAAAUUCUAUAUGACUUUUCUCAAUUAACUCUGUCAACAAAUUAUGUUACUCCGAUCGUAAUAAUAGUUCCCACACCAUUCCCGUAUGUUGACACCAAGGCAGUCCCAUGGAUGUAUGACACCUCAGUCUACAUUCAUGGUCAGAAGAUUCAAGAAGAACCGCUGAAGUCUAGUGAUCCAAUGAUCAAUAUCACCGGCACUGGCGGAAUUACGAGAAGCGGAAGGAUAUUUGCACCGACGCCCAUUCCAAUUGGAACUAUCAAUCCUUCAACUUCAGACAAAGGAAAACAAAUUGAUGGAGCUCAGCAAAGACAAGACCCUGCACCUUCCAAUGAAGUAGACGAGUUCUUACGCAUUAUCAAGAAGAGCGAUUAUCGAGUAGUUGAUCAGCUUAACCAGACACCCUCGAAGAUCUCGAUGUUGUCUUUAUUAAUGUGCUCGGAGGCCCAUAGGGAUGCUUUGGUAAAAUUUCUGAGGACAUCUCACGUACCGCAAGAGAUCUCAUUUUGUCAGUUUGAAGGGGUAGUUAACAAUAUUGCUACUAGCUUAAGCUUAGGUUUCAGUGAUGAAGAACUUCCCGCCGAGGGGAGGAAUCAUAACAAGGUUCUCCACAUUUCUAUUGAGUGUGUGGACACAGUCCUAUCAAGAGUUUUGGUAGACACUGGGUCUUCCCUCAAUGUGAUGCCUAAAAGCUCUUUUGCUAAGCUAACUGUUGAAGGACUUGUAAUGAAGUCGAGUGAGCUUAUAGUAAGAGCAUUUGAUGGGACUAGAAGGAUUGUAAUCGGUGAGGUGAAUUUGCCUAUGAAGAUUGGUCCCUAUACUUUCCUUAUCACUUUCUUUGUAAUGGACAUCUAUCCAGCCUACAGUUGUCUGCUUGGAAGGCCUUAG